AUGGAGUUGACUUUGGGCGGAGGUAUGAGUUUUGAGUUAGCCUUUGCGAGGUACGGCCUGUUUUGGGGAGUAAACUUCGCCUUCAACCAAUCAGACCGAGCCAAACCUCCCAACAACAUCAACCACUCGAAAACCGACACUCGAUCUACUUCGCCUUCGGCCGAUCCAGAACGGCCCAAAGUUGGAAACAUCACGAUCAACGAUUCGUUGAAGUUGGAAGCUUGUAUCUACGUAUUACUCAGGAAACACUUCCAUAAUCAUCCGGCUUAUCUUACCAUCCUCGAAUUGCCACCUCCCACACGGAAUUCGGUCAACUCGCACCAUCUCAUUCUAGUUUACAAAACCUCAUUUUAUUCGUUCUACUUGCCUGUGUCAUUGGCGCUGAGCCUCCAUGGAAUCACCUCGCCCUCCGACCGAGGGUCGACCGGAAACUCAACGAUCGAUCUGUAUAGACAAGCCAUGGAUAUCUUCUUGCCGCUCGGCAAAUACUUCCAAGCUCAGGACGACUGCUGGGAUUGCUGUGGCGACUCGAAGGCAGUCAGAGGGUCGGAGACAUCGUCGAUAAUAAAUGCUCUUGGAAUGUCAACGUCGCUCUGA